AUGGACAAUCAGUUUGACAGUAUUAUGGACCGGAUUCGUGCCCGCCAGACGGAAAUAUCUGGAAUAUCAGGCGAAAAGGAGAAUGAGGAGCAGCCAGUGAGGGUUACAAAGCAGGAAGGUGGGGGUAUAUAUUCAGCCAGAAAAAGCCAAGAAAAAUCGACACUUUCAGAGCAAACGCCCACGAAAGUGUUCGGUUUGUCAUCCAGAUCCAACGAAGCCCAGCUCCAGAAGACUCCAGAGGUCUCUGUGGAAUUCCGAGUCUCAGAGACCGCUGAAACCAUCCAAAACAGCCAAAACACCUCAAAAAAGGCAUCAAGAUUCUCAAUGUUGGCUCAGGAGAUCGAGAAUUUCGAGUAUGACUACGAAAGUCCGUAUAAUCGGCCGAAGGAGGCGUUCAUGAAGGGCCGGUCGCCGAGAAUGUCGAUUGGAGAGACACGACCCGCGGUUUUGUGCACACCGGCUGGCCAUGCCGCUUCAAAAAGUCCAAAUGUGGCCGUUUCGUCAAAAUCUGCACCGGAAAUUGCGAAAAAUGGACCCGAAAUCGCCCUUGGCCGUUCGGAUUUCGAAGCUCGCCGUAUAAAAUUCGCGCAGCCCAUGGUGAAUGUGAAUUAUCUGCCCAACGAGUCCUCGAUUUUCUCCGGUGGCUCAUCCGUAAAUGAUAUGUCUACAGUACUCGGUGGUUCUGCCGAAAUGAUGAACGUGACGACGUCUUCUUUGAGUUGUGGAGAGUUAUCAAUGAAUCAGCAUAUCACCCACGAGAACACCAUUAUCAAUGCGCAGUCUUGUGAUAAUCGAGAGGCGAUUCUGAAGGAGAAGGAGCACCAAAUCGCUACUUCAAUCAAUAUCUCGACCGAUGAGUAUGGAGCCCACACUUUUAUGAGGAAGAAGGUGGCACCAAACGCUCCUUCUACUGCUCCAACUGUCGCCACGUCUUCAACGUCAACCACGACAACGUCAUCUGGAGCCCACCCACCACUGAAACCCGCAACAUCGAUAUUCCAACGACCCGCUGACAUUAUGUCGCUCGUCUCAUCGCCAAAACCGUACUCGAAAGACAUCGGACGGAGCAUGUUUUCGCCUGUUCACUUUACCCCCAAAAGUACGUCAUCUCCAAAAGCGCUCGCCUCUACACUCCACACGGACGCUCCUCCAAACCUGUCACCAUCAAAAACGGCGGCCCUGCAGAAAUCGGUUGCCAAGACGAGACGACUGGAAUUUGAGGAGAAAUUCAGAACCAAUUGCACUGUUACUAACGAUAAUGCUCCAAUCCCAAAUCCUCGCCACGUGGCACCAACGACUACAAUUCAGAAUACGCCUCACUAUCACGUCGCACCGCAACAGAAGAGGAAUCUGUUCGGAGUACAGAACCCACAGGCUACUGUAGCUACCGUAGCCACCGCUCCAAUCCCGGUACAAACUCAAUGGAGAGGUCAGGCGAACACGCCGGUCGUUCAGGGAGCCCGCGCCGACGAGAAGACGGCUGGAAGCGAUCUGAAAGGGGCGGGGCUUGGAAAACUGAAGAAUCUGAAAUCGAGAUGGGAAUUCUCAUCGGCCACAGGGACGCCGAUACAUCCAGAUGCCACGGAGGACUCGUUGAUUGCCACGGCGAUGAAGAUGAAGGAGACGGCGAUUCCGGCGAGGAUUGGCCACCGUUCGAUUUCCAGCCGAAAAGGGCCAUCAGCCUCGUCUAUCCACUCUCGGAACGCGUCGGAACCCUUCAACGAGGCUCCAGAAGCUCCAGAAGAGUAUGACGACGUCUUUGAAGGAGAAGACGAUGAUUCUGGAGAACUAGAAGACGUGGCGAACGCUGGAGACGUCCAAGACACUUCUAGAUUCAUCGACCACGCCUUCGGAUUCAUUGAAGGCACAGAGACGCCGAGUCCGUUCAGAGAGACACCUCUGGCUGCUCGUGAGGCUUCCUUGUCCCCAAAGAAACGAAUGGAAGAGGUGAUUGUUGAGGAGGAUGACUCCCAGGAAGAAUACAUUGAGGAGGAAGGAUCAGAGGAGGAGCCAGAAGAAGACGUCACAGAGAUUCAGAAUACGAUCCAUCAGGAGGAGGAGCCUGUCUACCGUGCCAACAACUCCCAGCUGGUCCACUCUGUAUCGAUGUAUCGCCGGAAGCAAAGGGAGAAGAACGCGACGCCAGCCCAACCACUCUCCUCGAUCUCUCCAUCGGCGCCAGUGGCUUCGUUGACGUCUCCGCAGAAGCUUCGACAGAUGACAGGAUCCUCGGCGACGCCUGGAAAGAUUUUCGAAUCGGAGAACGAGACCAUCAAACGACUCACAGAAGCGAUUGUGAUUGAGAAGAAGCUGGUGUCCCAAUCGGAACGAGCACUUGCCCGAGCAAGACACGAGCCGAGUUUCCGGGGAUCCAGAGAGGAAUUCGAGGCGCAACGGGCCUAUUUGGUGCAUAUGGAAAAGUUGAGAGCCAUGCAGAACGAGUUGCAGAGAGUGCAGAGGGAGGGAGCGAGAAUAAUCGAUGGCCCCCGCGGAACGAUCAUCAUCAAUGGGCUCACUGUGAGCAUAGACUCUGCCUACGUCGCCGCCCAUAUUGCAUCCAAAAAAUCGGAAGAAGUCUUCUAUUUCCUCGCCGUCCUUCGCUACGCCGACCAGGUCGACGUCUCCAAGCUAGUCACUUCGGAUAGUGGACUCAAUCGACAGGCGUCUAUCGAUUUCCCGGUCCCUCUGAAACUAUCGAAAAUCCCGUCGGAUUUCCGUGCGACACUCGAAAUCUAUGGGCAACGAUCGGUGAGAGAAUCGACGACCCACGAGGAUAAGUUCAAGUUGAAGGGGACGACGUUGAAGGCCAAGAACGCCGACAAUUGGUGUUAUUAUGUUGAUCGGAGUGAGCGUGAGACUCGUCUAGCUGCAGCCGAUGCCGAACAACGACGCAUUCGAAAAUUGGGACUUCCGUGUCGUUUGUGGAGAAAGUUGCAUACUCGUAAUCCAUUCUCAUCUGGUGGAAGUACCUCCUCAUCUGGAAGUCAAAGUCUAUUCGGAUCCACAACGCUGAGCAAUCAAACGAUGCCAACUGGAUACGGUGGCCAAUCGAUAAUCACUGAUUUCCACCUCCUCGGAUCAUUCCAAUUCGAUAUCAGCUGCCCGGGCAAACACCGUUAUCAACUGGACCACGUCGUUCAUCCUUUGGCUGGAAAGGUACAAAUGAAAGUGAAGAAACAGGCGGACGACGGGGCGGAUAUUCUCUAUCGGGGAUUCCUUUCGAUGUACCAACGAACGAAUGAGGGAUUGGGAUCGUGGACUCGGUAUUGGUGCGUUCUGGAGGACGGGGAGAUGAAGUUCUGGAGACAACCGGAGGAUGAGGGAUCCAAGGGCUACCUGGUACUAAUGGAUCUAUCGACGUGCUGCCGUUCGGAAGGAGCCUCAACAGUCCAAGACAUCUGCCCCUUCCCCAACAGCUUCCAUAUCGACGUUUGGGCGCCAAAAGACGAUCGAGACGAGCCACGUGGCAACGGAAACGGAAUUAUGCAGUUGAGAGUGAUGUUGGCUGCUGAUACGACGCAAGACCUUCAGAAGUGGUUAUCAGUUAUCAAUACGACGUCCCGACAGCUGUGUACAUGGAGAAAUCCCAUCCAAUUGUAA